AUGAUGAAUAUGCUACUAAAAUCCCAAUUACAAAGUGAAGAGAGACUCAAGCAAGUGACAGAGAGGUUGGAUCAAUUGAGUGCCCACAAUAAGAUGCUAGAGAAUCAACUUGCCAAUCAAGCCUCUACAUCUUGCACCAAAGUAACUAGAAAGUUGCCCGCUUGCCCCGAAAAUCCUAGAAAACAUGUCAAUGCAAUUGUUACAAGGAGUGACAAGGUACUUGGAGAUCCAUCUCUUCCAAUCAAAACAUCAACUCCAAAUAAAACUGUUGAUGUGGAGAUUGAGGAGAAACUUGAGAAAGAAGAAGUUGAGUCAGCUGAUGUGAAGAAUAAUCCACAAGUUCAUGAUGAGGUAGAGAAGCCCGUGAGAAGGUAUGAACCACCAUUGUCCUUUCCUCAAAAAUUUCAAAAGCAAGCAAAAGAGAGUAGGUGGAAAAAGUUUUUGGAGAUAGUUAAGAGUUUGAAAGUUUCAAUUCCCUUACUUAAUUUACUUUUACAAGUUCCAUCUUAUGGAAAAUUUUUGAGGGAUAUUCUUGCUAAGAAGAGGAAGUAUGGGGAGCAAGAGAUGAUUGUUAUGGCACAAGAGUACCGGGCUUUGACACCAGGUAUAGGGAAGCCUCUUCGUAAGCAUAGAGAUCCGGGGAAAUUCACGAUUCCUUGUUUGAAUUUGGGGGUUCCACAACCAAUCCAACUUACAUUGCAAUGCGCUGAUCAGUCUUCUAGGAGCCCUAUUGAAAUUCUUGAGGAUGUUCCAGUCCGUGUGGAAGGGUAUUUUGUGACUUGUGACUUUAUUGUGAUAGAUGUGCAAGAAAAUCCCGAUGUUCCAAUCAUUUUAGCGAGACCUUUCUUGGCCACAACUGGAGCUGUAAUUGAUGCAAGGAAGGGGACAAUGAUCUUCGAUUUUGGGGAAGAAAGAGAUGCAUUUAAUGUUCUUGAUGAGCCACAAUCUCUUGGAGUUGGAGAAUGCAACAUGCUCUACACCAUGUCUUGGGAUGAGGAUAACCUCACGGAUCAACCGGGAUGA